AUGAGGAAUUACAUCAUUCUAAUCACUACCCGUUUGGAAUUGGGAUUGAAUUUUUCGCUUCGGAGCUUCAAUUUUUCUUAUGAUCAGAAAGAGAAUGACGAAGAAAUUAGCAGCAUAAGCCAUUAUAAGAGCAAGGAUGAGUCCGGGGAAGCGGUAGAGUGUGCAAUGUGUCUGUGUAAAGUUGAAGAAGGCGACAAAAUUAGAGAGCUGAAAUGUGAUCAUCUUUUUCAUAAAGUCUGUUUAGACCGAUGGAUUGGAUAUCGGAAUUCAACCUGUCCGUUGUGCCGGGGUUCUUUAGCACCGCCAGGACGAGUGGCUGAGCUCGUAGAGGAAGUGAAAUUGCUGACCAAGUUCACUUCUUUCCAGUCGAGUGACCGGGAUUCAUGGUGGCUCCGGUGA